AUGCCGCCUAAGGAUCGCGGCAGAGGCAAGCUGCCGGUUCCUCUCCCAAGAGACAUGAUACUGAAAGACACGGAAGGAAAAAGCUGGAGGCUGGGCAGUCAGAUCGGCCAGGGAGGAUUUGGCUUGAUUUAUUUAGCUUCCCCUCAAAUUCAUGUUCCUGUAGAAGAAGAUGCGCUGCAUGUAAUUAAAGUGGAAUAUCUUGAAAAUGGUCCCUUAUUUUCUGAACUGAAAUUUUACCAGAGGGCUGCAAAACAAGAGCAUAUAAGAAAAUGGAUGAAUCUCAAAAAAUUAAGAUGUUUAGGAAUUCCAGUGUUUUGGGGAUCGGGCUUGGCAGAGUACAAGGGAAAAAGCUAUAGAUUCAUGGUCAUGGAGAGACUGGGGGAAGACCUUCAGAGAAUCUUUGAAGCUUGUGGGAGCAGAUUUAAGAAGGAGACUGUUCUGCAGCUUGGGGCACGGAUGUUGGAUACUUUGGAAUAUAUACAUGAAAACGAGUAUGUUCAUGGUGACAUCAAAGCAGCAAAUCUACUUUUGGGCUAUACCAAUCCACACGAGGUUUAUCUUGCAGAUUAUGGACUUUCCUACAGAUAUUGUCCCAAUGGGAACCACAAACAGUAUCAGGAAAAUCCUAGGAAGGGCCAUAAUGGGACAAUAGAGUUUACCAGCAUAGAUGCCCACAAGGGAGUAGCCCCGUCCAGACGAGGUGACCUUGAAAUCCUUGGCUACUGCAUGCUGCAAUGGUUAUGUGGGAAGCUGCCCUGGGAACAGAAUCUGAAGGACCCUGUAGCUGUCCAGGCUGCGAAAACAAAACUUAUGGAUGAGCUCCCAGAUUCAGUGAUGGAAUGGGAUUCUUCUGGAAGCAGCUGUCGUGAAAUAUCUCAGUUUCUGGCGCGCGUUUAUGGCUUAGCUUAUGAUGAGAAGCCGAAGUAUCAAGCGCUCAAGAAAAUCCUGCUGGGUGGACUAGAGUCAAGUGGAACUCGCUACGAUGGCCCUCUGGAAUUUUCCGCUGCAGCGUGCCCACGAAAUCACUGUGCUGCUAAAGUGUCAAAACAACAGGUUUGCUUACCAAAGCCUAUGUCAAAACCAGUUCAGCAGAAGCAAAAAAAGAUGGAAGGUGAAGAAUACAUCUGUCAAAACAUGGCCUGUACUGGGGCAACAGGCAAACAACUCCGAGAUGAAGAAAAGCCAAGUAAAUUAACCAGGAUGCCUCACCAACCAGAGCCACGGCAGGUUCACUUACCGAAGCCUUCACCGAAACCAGUGCAAGAGAAGCAAAACAAGGUGAGAGAGGAAGACUGUAACUGCCUCGGCAGGCCCCCUGCUCGCGUAAUGCGCCGGCACCUCCAGGCUGAAGAGAGGCCAAUUAAUUUUUACGCUAUGAUUCAGGAGCCUGACCACCCGCAAAAGAAAGACACUGCAAGAGAAUUGCCACCGUUCGACCCCCAAGCAAUAUUCUCAGAAUCCAAAAAGAAAUACGAUCCACUCUUAACUACAGAUUAUCCAGUAUCGUUGCAAGAAACUGGCUCUGACAUCACUACUCCUUCUAUAACUAUUUUACUUAGGUUUGCAUUUACUGAUGAAACAUACCUCUACAGUAUAGCUAUACUUGUACUUCUGCUACUAAUAUUACUUUCCUUGUAUUUUCUUUGACAUCACU